UUUCGUCUCUUACCAUCAUCCCUUCCCUUCGUCCGAUUCCUCCUCUGCCAUGCUCGACGAACAUGAUGGUGAAAGCGAUGCUAGCGGGUCCUAUGAUUCGGACGCGAGCAGCUCCGGUGAUGAGAGCGAUGGAAUUGAACAAGCCGUCCUCAGUCCAGAGGAAAUCUUUGCCGAAAGAGAGAUCGAAGGCGACUUUGAUCGUCUAGUAAAGAAUAUUCAGCGAAGCGAUGCCCCCGGCCUAACUAAAGAUUGGGAUUUCAAUAUCGAAGACCGCGACGCUGAAUUUCGCGAUGAUUUGAGGGCAGCGUCAGGCAUCGGUCGUAGGCAUAAAAAGAAAGGACGUGCUGCAGGUCCUGUUCUAUCCCAACAAGUGAGAUCUCUCAUUGGGGACGGUAAUCAGGCAUAUGUCGACAACAACCUUCCCGAGGCCAUACGUAUAACGCAAGAAGUCAUUCGUAUCGAACCACGUACCGUCUCUGCUUGGUCGGUGUGGGCCCAGUGUUGUGCCGACAUGAAUCAAGAACAUAGGGCUCUUCAGCUUCGCAUCAUGGCUGCUCAUCUAAGACACGAUGCUGAAGAAUGGGAUCGAUUGGCACGACAGUCCAAAGACCUUGGCUAUAACCAGCAAGCAUUGUACUGUUUUCGGAAGGUGUACAGUCUUGAUCCAUCAAACAUCGAAGCUCUAUGGGACCGUGCUACGCUUGCUAAGGACACUGGAGAUUUAAGAACUGCCCGCAUUGCAUACAAAGCUAUUCUCAAGCGCUUUCCCCACGAUUUGACGGUCCUAGCAGAACUCAGGACCAUCCUUAUCGAACUCUCUGAUCUCACAACAUGUGCCUCUCUCUUUCAACAAGCAUUUGACCAUUACCAGCAAAUGUAUCCCUCAGGCCGUGGACCUUCCCCUUCAUCAACUAGCGAAAUUUCCGGUGGUGGAUAUGGCUUAAUGGAAGUGCUCGUACUAGCUGAUCUAUAUAACACGCUCGGCGAAUACGAGAACGCCGUUGACGUUAUCCGGAAAGGAUGUCGAUGGCUUCAAGGGCGUGCUGACCAGAGAUAUUGGGAUGUCUGUGACGACGACAGAGAGUAUGAUCUACCGGACGUCGAUAUACCGCGACGUGCAGGUGGUACCGUAGAUCCAGGAAGGUAUCGUCUCGACGUGAACGCCAGACACCGUCUUGCUAUUGCCAGAAUCAAGAUGGGCGAGGCGGAAGAAAGCAAGAUGCAUGCCGAUAUUAUUCUGAGCGAAGACGUCCUUGAUUACGCUGCCUUGUUUGUGGAGAUUGCCGACGCGUACUUUGAACGAGAGCUAUAUGCUGACGCUCGCCCUAUCUACGAACUUUUGGGCGCAGACGCUAGCACAAGUAGCCUUUAUGUUCUCCUUCAAACAGCUGCUUGUCUUCGAAUGUUGGAUGAGUUGCGUGAAGCAGUCGAAGUAUAUGAACAUAUCAAGCUUGCUGACCCCACACAUAACGAAGCCAAAAUGAAGCUCGCUGAGAUCUAUGAAAUUUUGAAUGAACCGAGAAAAGCACUCGAGCUGGUCUACGAAGUCAUUGAUUCGCGCAAAAAGAGACCAAAGGACAAGACAGUGACACAGGCCGAGGAUACAGCGACCGCCUCUUUGUUCCCUGAAGAAAAGGCACAGUUAAGAAAUAAACCCCUCACUGUCAAAGCCCAAAACCGAUUAACGCAUGCCCAGUUGCGAGAACUAGAGGUCGAAAAGGAGAAAGAAAUCGUUAGAGGAUACCGACGAUUGCAAGAGGUAUGGGCGAAAAUGAUGGAGGGUGACGACAUUGUGGAACGAGAAUGGAUGGUUGAGGCGGAAAAAAUGGUUGAGACAUUUAGAGAGACGCGGAAUUUAUUCAUGACUAGUAGGAACAACCCAUUCCGAGGAAUGUUUCCCCGACGACCCAAGAAACAGAGAGACCACGAAGACGAGGAUCGUAUGGUUUCACGUCUCCAUCUUGACCUAGAGAACGACAGUAUGGCCAAGAAAGCGUCAAGGAGCGACAAGAAGGACGAAAGAGUAGAUAUAUUUCGUGGCGUCUCCUUUGAUAAUUGGUUGCGUGUGUUCAUGCAGUACUGCUUCGUACUUACGAAGCGCGGACAGUAUGAUCUAGCAGAUGAAGUGCUUCGUCACAUUCUCUUAUCAAAUGCAUACCAGUCGAAAGAGCUGCAAUCCACCAUUCGGCUUGCUUUACUUGCAUGCGCCAUUGCGUCAAAGAACUUUGUCGUCGUCGUCGAACUCUGUCGCAAGUUGAUCAACGUUCAUCAAUUCAAUAACGAGCCCUUACGUCUACUUCUUGCCACCCUAUCAAGUGGUCUCCGCCCAACCGAUGCUUUCAUCACAUCCACUUUGCAGAAACAUCUGUUCCGGGAGAUGAAGCUGGGAGACGCGGCUGUAAAAAACCCGGAAAGCCUACGAUGGAACCAAGCUGUCAAGCGUCAUGCCAUUAUAAACCAGGCCAAAGCUGAAGAUGACGACAUUGAGGAUGAAGGUGGUGGUAACGCUGAAACCGAUAAUAGCAAGGGGCCAAUACCUGAGUUACCCACGAAGCAGAACCCUGUCAUCAUAGCUAUUUACGGACAGAUAUGUAUUGCCGCGAAAAGUUACCAGAGCGCGAUCUUUUACCUUCUGCAUGCGUAUGAUUAUUGCCCCGACGACCCCAUGAUCUGCUUGUCUCUAGCAAUCGCAUCUCUGGGUCGUGCCAUGCAACGACAAUCAGAUAAUAGGCACCAUUUGAUUGCACAGGCAUUGGCCUUCCUAUCACGGUAUAGAGUCAUUCGAGGAGCCAACCUCCAAGGACAGAGUGAAGUCGAAUAUAACUUUGGACGCAGUUUUCACCAGCUAAGUCUAUACAGCUACGCUGCGAAACAUUACGAACGAGUACUUCAGCUUGCGGAGCAGCGACCAUCAGACUCGAGCGACGAAACAUUUGCGAAAGAGGCCGCAUAUAACCUUGCUUUGAUAUAUGUCAUGACCGGCGCAACUCCACUUGCUGCUGCGUUGUAUGACCGAUGGCUAUCGCUUUGACCCAUAUGCGCGAAAUGGAACCAAUAAUAGCUGCACAUCCUUGUACCAUUGAUCUUUGAUUGACGAAAUCCAAAACGAGUAAGAUUCUUUCUGCAGUGGCUCAUUGGCGCGUCGAACAGCAUGUGAUCGCGCGAAGGGAAUUAUUACAAGCGCGAGGCUAGCACUCUGUCUUUAUUGCUUUCUGCAGAUGAGGACGUACUUAUGACUGACACUAUCCCUCCGUGAUAUCCUGGAGGCGUUCAAAAUCAACUGUGCAUAUUCGCCUCAGAAUCGUGGCGAGGACGUG